AAAACAUGGACCACCAUUCGUUGUCUUCACCUUUUCACGAGUAGGACAAACAGACCCUGAACAUGCCAGAGUGAGGAUUAUCGUGGUAUGGCUCACGUUGUUCCUUGUUGUUUCAACUCUUUUUGUUGUGACCGAAUCCUGUAAUUGGUUGCCGUAUUACGACAUCAGAUGUUACGUAGAAAAGGUCAAUGGUCGGCUUUUACUGCGGCCGUGCCCCUCCGGGGACUACCUCAACCCUAGAACUUGUCAUCUGGAGGUGAGACCGCACCACAUGCACAUUCACAAAAGUCAAAAAUGUACUCAAGCUCAAAGUGGGAGUGGAAUCUGGAUCACGUGGGCUGAGGCUCAUUCCCAUUCUGUAACGACCACAACCAAGUCUACCCCAAGCAGCACCACACCUGCGCAUGUCCAUCAUCAUGAUCAUUGUUAUCGGAACAACUCUUCUUAUCGAGACAUUUUCGACAAUGCAGGAAAAGAGAACUGUCUUCCAGACUAUUCAGUGUUUGAUAAAUUGUAUCACUUCAUAUUCAACAAUCAUGGAUGUCUGUCUACCUUAGUGCGGGUGAUGGCAAAUCUGAACCUGCCAAGCUGUGAUUGCCCCGUCAGUUCCAUAUCUUAUCCAUUUCGUGGAUCUAGUUCACGAUACGAUAACUGUAUCAAGGGAAGUGCAUAUCAAGAUGUUAUGGACACCUAUCUGACCCAGCAACCCCAUCACGUGUCAGGGACAGGCGUACAAUGUCAAAGUCGUCAUAAAAUGUGGGACGACCUACUCCGUUUGCAGACGACUUCCAGUGUCCACUGUUCUGACGAUUUUAUCUAUCAUAUGAAGACUGCCUUUGAUACUAAUGGUUCACCAGCAUGCUCAGUCUGCCACACUGUUGGUUCGCACAACCAGGCAACAAUAACGAGCUCAUCUACCACCACAACAACACCACAACCGACAACUACAUCACCACCGACAACAACGACACCACAACCAACCACCACUUCAUCAACGACACCACAACCGACAACCACUUCAUCAACGACACCACAACCGACAACCACUUCAUCAACAACGACUGCACAACCGAUAACAACGACACCACAAUCGACAACAACAAUCAGUACCACAGGGACACCAUCAACAACAGUCAAAAUUUACUCAUCGACAAAAAUUACCAUGGGCAAUAUUUCAACAUCGCCUUCUACAACACCCACCGCAUCCCAAACUUCAGGACAGUCCACUUUGUGUUCGAAAAUACGCACCAUCACAGAACUGGCCAGAUUUCAGCAACUCUAUCCACAGUUUAAUGUUGACUGUUCAAAUCAUGUGUCCACAUCUACCUUUAUCAUUAGGGACCUUUGUGACUCUGUUCCUAGUUCACAACAUUGGAAACCAGGCACAAGGGUAAUUGAUGCUUGUGAUAAUCUGAAGCUCUAUCAGCCAGUGGCAACCUUUAGUUCUUCCAUAUACCCUGUCGAUGGACUUGCCGGAAUAUUCUUGGGCUGCACCAGUACAUCUGUCAAGGUUGCAACCCAGGAGUGUGGCGGUAAAUUUGAAAUUAAGGAACUUUCCAGAAACAUCAAUCACCCUGAAAGUUUUACCCAUACCGCCUCGAACUAUUACCUUCUAAGCUAUUAACCAAUAUCACCACUUAUAACGGUUGAGGAUAUCAUAUAAUUUGAACAAUAAAGGAUAUUUUAAUAAACAUCUA